AUGCAGCAUUCGCAGCUGGCCCCGCUGCCGAAAAACGUGCCAUUUCGCAUUGUGUCCAAGACCAUCGGUCAAGGGGCUUACGCGUGUAUCAAGAAAGCGUGUCCACCCGAUGAUGACCACCCCGUAUUUGCUGUCAAAUACAUCCACAAAGAGUAUGCCGCGCGACAUGGCAGGGUCAGCUCGCGGCAACUCAACUUGGAAGUAACGGUACACAGCCAUGUCUCGGGCCACCCUAACAUCAUCAACUUCUUGAAAACUGGUCAGGAUGAUGUGUGGUGCUGGAUUGCCAUGGAGUUGGCGGAAGGUGGGGAUCUUUUCGAUAAGAUCGAGGCCGACGAGGGUGUAGGCGAGGAUAUCGCACAUGUGUAUUUUACCCAACUCAUCAGUGCAGUGAGCUUCAUGCACUCCAAGGGAGUUGGGCACCGUGAUAUCAAGCCCGAGAACAUCCUCCUGACGGCCGAUGGCAAUCUCAAGAUUGCGGAUUUCGGUCUGGCAACCCUGUUUGAAUACAAGGGGGUCCGCAAACUCUCCACUACCUUCUGUGGCAGCCCACCCUAUAUUGCUCCCGAGAUCAUCACCAACAGCACUCGAGGCAACGCCAAGGGAAUCGGGUACCACCCAGACCUGGUGGAUAUUUGGUCCUGUGGGAUUGUACUCUUCGUCCUUUUGGCGGGGAACACGCCGUGGGACAGCCCCACCGACGACAGCUACGAAUUCCACGAAUACCUUGCGACGAAUGGACGAACUACGGAUGAACUGUGGCAGAAGCUGCCGCCCGCCACUUUGUCCUUGCUGCGCGGCAUGUUGACCGUGGACCCGAUGAAACGGUUCUCGCUGGAGGAUGUGCGCCGUCACCCGUGGUAUACGCGGGCCAACAAGUUCCUGUCGGCGGAGGGCAAACUGUGCGACCCCAUCAACCUGGCCACGUCGAUGUUCGAGUCCCUGCACAUCGAUUUUACUCAAAACCCAUUCCAGUCCCCGUCACAGAAGAUGGUGUCCCGCAGCGGCGACGGGAUGGACAUGAACAUCGAUGAGCCCAGCCUGUCACCGUCAGUCGGAUUUUCGUCGACGCAGCCGGAGAUGCAGAGAGUAAGCAUGCCCACGGACUGGGACUCGCAGCACCUGGCGGCGGGUAUGGUAUCGUCGACGCAACCGAUGAACAAAGCGUCCAUGUCGCAGGACAUCGCGAUGGAGGCCCAGCUGGAAGGCGAGCCGUCCAUGUCGCAGUUCUCGCAGCAGCCCUCGGUGCCUGUGAGUCGCACCCAGAACGCCCAGAGGUUCCAGGAUAUUGUCCCGUCGCGCCCCAUGACUCGGUUCUACUCUGUGUGGGAGCUCAAGCUCCUCGUGCCUCUCAUCUGCGAGGCCAUGCAUCGUCUGGGGGUUCCGGUGCCGGGCGUCCCCCGUUGCAUGCCGGCGGGCAAGGUGAUUGUCGAAUGUGUCGCCGAAGGCUUGUUCGAAGUCGAGUUUGUCAAGAUCAAGGGAGAUCCGUUGGAAUGGCGCCGGUUCUUCAAGAAGGUGACCAUUCUGUGCAAGGAUGCCGUGUUCAAGCCCGACGAGUAA